CCCGCACCGCACAGACGGGGAGACGGAGGCGGCGGCGGCGAAAAUCGGGGAGGAAACAGUACGCGCGGCACGGCACGCCUGAAGUCGGUGUCCCGCUGUUUGUCCGAACGUUAGCGAACCCUUGCGUGCUCUCUCGUUCGAUCUUUCGGAUAUAACCAACGCACGCACCCGGACGACAGCGGAAAGAGGGGGGAACAUUAUGGCGACGUUGGGACCGGAGUCGGCUCGUCCUUCUCUUUCCCAGCUCGUUUCUUCUCCGUCGAUCCAGACUCACAUCGGCAGCGUCAACCUGCCACCCAACCGGGGCUUGGAGCGGGCGCUGGAGGAGGCAGCGGCCAGCGGCGUCCUCAACCUCAGCUCCCGAAAACUGAAGGAGUUUCCCCGGACAGCCGCCAACCAGGACUUGACGGACACGGUGGAAGCAGGUAGGGGUCUCUGGCAUCUCUCCCGGGUUAGCCUUCGGAACCAGCUGGGCUCUCUGCCGGCCUGUCUGUGCGGUUUACCUCUGAGAGUCCUCAACGCCAGUAACAACAAGCUGGUCAGCCUGCCAGAGACCAUCGGACAGCUGCACAGCCUCAUGGAGCUGGACAUCAGCUGCAAUGAGAUCACAGCUCUUCCUCGUCAUAUCGGCAGACUCAAAGCUUUGCGAGAAUUAAAUGUACGCCGAAACCUUCUCUGUGUCCUGCCAGAAGACCUGGCUGACCUUCCUCUGGUGAAGUUUGACUUCUCCUGUAACAAGGUGUCGACCAUCCCAGUGUGUUACAGGAACAUGAAACAGCUCCAGUCCCUCCAUUUAGAAAACAACCCACUGCAGAGUCCACCUGCACAGAUCUGUAUAAAGGGUAAAGUUCACAUAUUCAAGUAUCUGAGCAUCGAGGCGUGUCGCAGUGAGAAGAUGCCCGACUCUCUCUACCUGCCCGUAAUGGAGAGACUCAGCCUAUCACGACCCACCACCGGCAG